AUGGAGAUCCUCACGCUUACCAUUACCCUAUCCGGUCUCAUCCUGGCGACGCUCUGCUCCGCAGUGCCCCCGGCCAUGCUGCCAGCCUGCACACGCUCCAACAACGGCCUCACCGUCUGCGGCUCCAGUCCCAGCUCCCGCAACGACAUCUUCAAGUGCAACAACCUAGCCUGGGACCUGCUUGACAGCUGCACUGCUCCCAAUUCCGUAUGUGAAAACGGCACUUGCACGCUUCCAUCUGUGUCUUGCGGAGAAGAUGGCGAAACCAAAUGCAGCACCACCACCACUACUACUACUACUACUACUACUACUACUACUACUACUAUCCCCGCCGCCGCCAUCCCCAUGUUGCAGCCCGGAAAGCAGCAGGUUCUCGACUCCUCUUCCUCCUCCGGCAGCGAUAUGACUCCACACCGCAUUUCCCCCCGGGACUUGUCAACGUCAGAAUCAGAUUCAGACACGCUGACGACCGAGGGCUGCAAAGAGGGCCAGCUCAAGUGCAUGGCUGCCGAUGCCCAUGGCCGCAGUGGCGCCGUCUACAAGUGCAAUAGCAUUGGCUUGUGGAAAAUGAUUCAGGAUUGCUCGCAGUAUGAGAGCGCCGCCACCAACACAGCCCUCGCGGGCGCCAAAGCCGGUGCGCAACCCUACAACUGCGGACGAUGCAGCGACCUGAGCGGCAAGCCCUCAGACAUGGUUCUCGGCGUGUGCACGAACGCGCAUCCCAACGACACAGGCGUCAAGUAUCUUGCGUGCAACAAUCAGUGGUGUGGCCUUUGUAUGGUGUUUGCGUGA